UCCGGCCUGGAGGUACCCAGCUGUGGGGUGGAAGUAGAAUUCCGCUCAGCACCCAGUAAUGCCAUGCCAUUUUGUGGCUCCCAAUGGGCUCUUUUCUCAGGAAAGGGUUUAGGCUGCACCUCAAGACCAGAUGAACCUCGGUGCAGCAGCCAAGGCCAUGCUCAGCCUGGGGCAACGUGGUGAUCCUCAGAGGGACAGCCUCCCCAGCUCCCAGGCCUUUUCGGGGCCCAGGAUGAACCAAAUCCUACCCCCAGGCAAUGGACCCCAUCCAGCCACGCCACCCAGGACUGUGUGGGACAUGAGGGAUGUCACCCCAGGGGGGCCUGAAACCAGGCAGCUCAGAGCACGCUGGCCCAGGAGGCUCAAGACAGCCAUCCUGGGAUUCCGGGCCACCUGCCCUUCUGUCUCCACCAUCUACUUCCUCUUCAUCCUCUUGGUGGUGUCCACCAUCUUCCACUGCCACCACCGCCUGGCCCUGGUGCCUGCCCCGUGGGCCUACUCAGGCCGCGUGGUCCUGCUCCCCGGACCCCUGCCCUCCGGGGGCAUGUUCACCAUCACGGCCAAAGGCCGCCUGGGGAACCAGAUGGGCGAGUACGCCACCCUGUACGCCCUGGCCAAGAUGAACGGGCGGCCGGCCUUCAUCCCGGCCCAGAUGCACAGCACGCUGGCCCCCAUCUUCCGGAUCAGCCUCCCGGUCCUGCACGGCAGCACGGCCGGCCGCAUCCCCUGGCAGAGCUACCACCUGAACGACUGGAUGGAGGAGCGCUACCGCCACAUCCCCGGGGAGUACGUGCGCCUCACCGGCUACCCCUGCUCCUGGACCUUCUACCACCACCUGCGAGACGAGAUCCUGCGGGAGUUCACUUUGCACGACCACGUGCGGGAGGACGCCCAGAAGUUUCUAAGGGGCCUGCAGGUGAAUGGGAGACAGCCAAGCACCUUUGUGGGCGUCCAUGUGCGCCGGGGGGACUACGUGCAAGUCAUGCCGCGGGUGUGGAAGGGCGUGGUCGCCGACCGGGGCUACCUGCGCCAGGCCCUGGCCUGGUUCCGGGCCCGCCACCGCUCCCCAGUCUUCGUGGUCACCAGCGACGACAUGGCCUGGUGUCGACAGAACAUCGACACCUCCCGGGGGGAUGUAGUGUUCGCGGGCAACGGCCUUCAGGGCUCCCCUGCCAGGGACUUUGCGCUGCUCACUCAGUGUAACCACAGCGUUAUCACGGUGGGCACGUUCGGGAUUUGGGCUGCCUACCUAGUGGGCGGGGACACCGUCUACCUGGCCAAUUUCACCCUGCCGGGCUCCCACUUCCGCUGGAUCUUCAAGCCCCAAGCAGCCUUCUUGCCCCAGUGGGUGGGCAUCUCCGCUGACCUGGGCCGGGCCAGAGAGAACUCCAGGCCCUGAGGCCUCCCAGCUGGGCGACCUGGAACUAGUAACUUAACCUCUCUGGGCCUUAGCGUGCCCCCUGCCGAGCGGACCUAAUCCAGAACUUCCCUCCGAGGCUCCUGCCAC